AGUCAAACUGACGAAAUGACGAGCAGAAAUAAGUCCAGGAAUCGAAACGGAGACCCCGAGGAAAUGGAAGGCGGCGGAGCAACCGCACCCGCCGCGCCGCACCCGGCGGUGGCGCCGCUGGCGUUCCUGCUGGGGAAGUGGCGCGGGGAAGGCGAGGGGAGCUUCCCCACCAUCUCCCCCUUCCGCUACGGCGAGGAGCUCCUCUUCUCCCACCACCCCUCCAAGCCGGUGAUCUCGUACACGCAGAGGACGUGGAAGGCGGCGUCAGGCGAGCCGAUGCACGCCGAGAGUGGGUACUGGCGGCCCCGCCCCGACGGCUCCGUCGAGGUUGUCAUCUCGCAGAGCACUGGUCUGGCCGAGGUUCAGAAGGGUUCGUUUGAUGCUGAAAAGAAAACAGUGACGCUCCAAAGCGAACUUGUGGGGAACGCAUCCAAGGUGAAACAGAUCACAAGAGCUUUUCAAUUGGUAGAUGGGGAGCUCUCAUAUGUUGUUCAGAUGGCAACAAUCACAACCAGUCUACAGCCACAUCUCAAAGCCCUUCUGAAGAAGAUUUGAACGAUACUGCGCCCCUCUAGGGGCGCAGUGCGGCGGCGUCUGUGGCACUUCUGGAUUUUUAUGUUAAAAUAAUAAUGGUAUUUUUGCCUAUUAUAUCUGGGAAUUGGGGCAACCUGCCCCUACUAGUUUGACAUAAUAGACGCUGAAAAUACGCCCUUCAGAGUUCAGAUAAUGUCCAUGCGAGUUCGGGCUUGUUCAUGCGCAUGAGAGUUCAAACUUUGUUGCGUUAAACUUAAUUUAAUUUACCAUCAGUAUUUUCACAAAUA